AUGCCCCUGCGAAGCAGUCGGGUGGUGGCGGCGCUGGUGGCGGCGCUGGCGGCGUCUACGUGCGCGUCGCUGGUGCAGCCGGCCCCGGCCGUAGUGGGCCGGUGGCAGGCGCGGAGGACGCAGUGGGCGCGCGCCGCCGCGGUCACCCGCCUGCCGCUCGAGGUGCUGCCCAGGCACUACGGCCUCACCGUUGCGCCCUACUUCCAGCCCGAGGGCGGCUUCCAGAAGAACCAGUUCCAGGGACACGUCGCCAUCGACGCCAUCGUGAAUGACGCUGUCGGGAACCUGACGAAUACGAUCACCCUCCACGCGGCCAGCAACCUCGACUUCGAUAAGGACACUGUGAACGUCGUCCAGUACCAGCAAGAUCCUACGAGGGACACCUACGUCGCCGUGACGUCAGUGGAUCGCGACAAUGCGACGGAGACGGCGACCGUCCGGCUGGUGGCGGAGGUGAGCGGCGAGGUUCGCAUCGAGAUCUGGUACACGGGCCAGCUGGCCGAGGACAUGGACGGCUUCUACGUCAGCACGUACGAGGCGGCAGGAGAGACGAGGUACCUGGCUGCGACGCAGUUCGAAGCGACCAGCGCGCGCAAAGCCUUCCCGUGCUUCGACGAGCCGGCGCUCAAGGCCACAUUCAGUAUGGUCAUUUACCCUCCUCACAACUACAGUGCGCUCUUCAACAUGGACCCCAUUCCGGCUCCUACAACAACAACAACAACCACGACGACGCCGACGCCGCAAACGACUGUGGAUAAUUCGCCUCCACUGCGCAGCUGGCCUGCACCAAGGUCAACUGCGGCAGCAGCUGCGGUAGCGAACCGGACGCCGGUGUACUUUGGGACGACGAAUCCGAUGUCGACGUACCUGGUGGCGUUCGUAGUGUACCACGAGGAGACGUUCGGCGCGCUGGAGAGGAAAGCCACCGAGACCGAGGGACCGAUCCGCGUGUGGUCCAGGGCGGAGCUGGCCGCGCAGCGCGGCUUCGCGCUGGACGUGGCCGCCGCCUCGCUGGCCGCGUACGGCCGCCUCUUCCCGGACUACUUCCUGCACAUGAACACCAAGCUGGACCAGGUCGCCAUUCCGGACUUCAGCGCCGGCGCCAUGGAGAACUGGGGGCUCGUCACCUACAGGGAACGCGGGGUGCUGAUCGACGAGGCCGAGAGCACGACCGAGUCCCGGCGCAGCGUCGUCACGACCGUGGCGCACGAGCUGGCGCACCAGUGGUUCGGGGACCUGGUGAGCCCCGACUUCUGGAACGUGCUGUGGCUCAACGAGGGCUUCGCCACCUACUGGGCGUACCACGCCGACCUGGGAAGCAUCAUAGAGGGAUGGCAACUACGUGACCAGUUCCUGGCUGAAGAGUUUACGGGGGCCCUGGAAUCUGACGCGGCAGCCGACACGCACCCGAUGACCACAGAAGAAAACACCACAGCUCCCUUCGAUGACAUCACUUACAACAAAGGAGGCUCCAUCUUGCGCAUGUUCAGCAAUUGGCUCGGUGAGGACGUGUUCUACGAAAGGCUCAACGAGUAUCUUAUUUCUCACAACUACAGCAGCGCGCGGCCGGCGGACCUGUUCGAGGCGCUGGCGCCGGGCGAGCCGCAGCUGCAGGAGCGCAUGGCCUUCUGGACCUCCACCGCCGGCUACCCCGUCAUCAACGUCACCAAGGACGGCAGCCAGGUGCAGCUGAAGCAGGUGCAGCACGACACGGUCGGUGACCUGAGUGCCCGUUGUUGGCAGUGGCAGUUCCAGCUGACGCCGUCCGGGGACGGCGAGGCCGCAGCGCCGUGGCCCAUCUUCAUUACCUUCAACAACGGCUCCCAGCUGGGUAGCGACGACGUCGUGCAGAGCGUGUGGAUGCUCGACGACCAGAUGGACAUCACCGUAGGUCUGUCGGAGGGAGAACUGAUACUCCUCAACUACAAAUGGACCGGUUUCUACCGCGUAAACUACGACAGGAUCGGCUGGCAGGUGGUGCAGGCCCAGCUGGUGUCCGACCACCUGGUGGUUCCCCGGGAGACGCGUGCCCAGCUGUUGAGCGACUCCUUCAACCUGGCGCGGUCCGGCCACCUGGUAUGGGGGCCGCCGCUCGACAUCUCCCUCUACCUGAGCGAGGAGCGGGACUACCUGCCCUGGGCUGUCGCCUUCCGCAACUUGGACUUCCUGGACACAGCCCUCGCACCUUCCGAGUACUACUCCUCCUUCAAGGCGUACAUGCAGGCCCUGCUGGCGCAGCCGUACGCCGCGCUGCGCUUCGAGGUGCUCCCGGACGACGACCACGUGACGCGCCUGCUGCGGGUCUCGGUGCUGCGGCACGCCUGCCGCGUCGGCUACCCGCCGUGCCUGCAGGCUGCCGCCGACCUGGCCGCCGUCGCCUUCCCGGAGGGCGGGCAAAACGACGGCGACGGCGACGGGGCAGCCAGCGUGGAGCCGGACCUGCGCAGCACGGCGUACUGCGUGUGGGCGCAGGACGGGGACUUGUGGGGCAGGCUGUGGCAGCGCUACCUCGACACCGCGGUGGCCACCGAGAAGGUGGAGCUGCUGAGCGCGCUCGGCUGCUCCCAGGACAACGCCACGCUCUACGCGUAUCUGACGAACGCACUGAAUGCUAGCCUGGUGAGGCCCCAGGACUGGACUACGGUGUACGCCGGCGUCUACUCCACGCCGUUCGGUCUGCAGGUCGCCAUGGACUUCAUCGAGACGCGUGCGGCCGACCUCUCCACACAGCCCAGCGUUUUGCAGAAGAUCAUCAGUGGACUCGCUGGGAAAGUGGUGACAAACGAACAACUGAAUCAGCUGAGGGCCCUGUCCAGUGUGCCAGACCUGCAGGCAGUGAACGCCACCGUCCAGAGCGCCAUCAGCAAGGCGGAGCAGCAGGUGGCCUGGGGUGAGGACCACGUGCCAGAGGUGGGGGCCUGGCUCGACAGCGCAGUCGCCAGCGGCUCACCGGCAGCCGUCUCCACGACCCUGCACCUCCUGCUGGCUGCCGUCGGGAGCAUCGUGUUAGCUCUGCUCAACUAG